ACGGAAGUAGGUACGUGGCUGCUUCAGCUGACAGUCUACAUGAUGGCGACAGAGGUUCAGAGCGGCGACCUCGACAGUGCUACUUCCAGCCGGCUCGAAGUUUCCAUCGAUGGCCUCACCCUCAGUCCCGACCCGGAGGGCGAGCAGGGCCCGGUCGAAGAGCCGGACCCCAACCACGCGGAGCCCGAGACCGAUACGCCGGGUGCCGCUGAAGGCGAAGAUGGAGAGACUGGCAAACCUGCCACAGAGAGGAAAUGGGGCUUUCCUCUGCAAGAGCUGUACGGAAUGGCCCUGAAAUUCUUCAAAGAUAAAGAUGGCAAGGCCUUCCACCCGACCUACGAGGAGAAGCUUCGACUGGUGGCUCUGCACAAACAGGUCUUACUGGGCCCUUACAAUCCCGAUGCUUCACCGGAGGUCGGCUUCUUUGAUGUCUUGGGCAACGACCGCAGGAAAGAGUGGGCCUCCCUGGGUAACAUGGAGCGGGAGGAGGCCAUGGUGGAGUUUGUCAAGCUGCUGAACAAGUGCUGUAACCUCUUUGCUCCCUACGUCACGUCACACAAGAUCGAAAGGGAGGAGCAGGAGAGGAAAAGGAAAGAAGAAGAGGAGCGGCAGCGGCAGGAGGAGGAGGAGAGGGAGCGACAGAGGCAGGAGGAGGAGAGACGGAGGCUUGAGGAGGAGGAAAGGCUGAGAAGAGAGGAAGAGGAAAGGAGACAGGCAGAGGAGGAGAGGCUACGGGUUGAGCAGCAGAAGCAACAGAUAAUGGCGGCAUUGAACGCGCAGACAGCAGUGCAGUUCCAACAGUAUGCUGCUCAACAGUACCCCAACAGCCCAGAGCAACAGCUCGGCCUCAUCCGACAGCUCCAGGAGCAGCACUACCAGCAGUACAUGCAGCAGCUCUACCAGGUCCAGCUGGCCCAGCAACAGGCGGCCUUACAGAAGCAGCAGCAGCAGGCUGAUUUGAUGGUGCAGGGCUCUCUGGAAUCUAGCAGCUUCAACAGUGGUGAACCUAUCCCCGCCUCAACAGCAGGACCGCUGUGUGCAGCUUCACCGCCUGCUGGAGAGGAAGCCCCCACGGUCAAUGGAGGCCAGUCGGACUCGUACUCAGAGAGCAUGGACCGGGAGCCAGAGCCCGAACCUGCGGAGGAGGUCUCGGAGAACGGGCCUUUAUUAGCAGACUCCCCACCAGUCAUAGCUGCUCCUUCCAUGUGGACACGGCCACAGAUCAAGGACUUCAAGGAGAAAAUCAGGCAGGACGCAGACAGUGUGAUCACAGUGGGGCGUGGCGAGGUGGUGACAGUGCGUGUGCCCACCCACGAGGAGGGCUCUUACCUGUUCUGGGAGUUUGCCACGGACUAUUAUGACAUCGGCUUCGGGGUGUUCUUCGAGUGGACGGAUGCUGCCUCUGCCUCGGUCAGCGUGCACGUAUCUGAGUCCAGCGAUGAGGAGGAGGAUGAAGAAGGUGAUCCUCCCAAUGAGGAGGAGAAGGCGAAGAAGGAGGCAGGGAAGCCACAAGUGGAUGAGAUUGUGCCGGUGUACCGGCGGGACUGUCACGAAGAGGUGUACGCCGGCAGCCACCAGUACCCCGGCCGUGGCGUCUACCUGCUCAAGUUUGACAACUCCUAUUCACUCUGGCGCUCCAAGAGUGUUUACUACAGAGUCUACUACACCAGAUAAGCCUGAAUACAGACACAGGGGGAGCCAAGGAGUGUGUAUGUUCAUAUAUGUGUGUGCGUGUGUGUCUGUAGGUGGGGAUUUGUGCGAUGGCAGCCUGUAUGUGUGUGUGUGUGUGAGGGAGAAAGUGAUACCAGAUCUGUUCUGGACAAAACCACCAGAGGGUGACAAAGAGACACAUCUGGAGCCCAAGUUUGGAGAUUAGACUAAUAUGUAUGUACUGUAUGUGUAUGCGUGUCCAAAGCUGCACCCAUGCUAGAGCCUGGCAUCGAGCCCUUGGAAGAGGAGUGUGUAUACCUGUUAUAUAUUCACCACCUGUCCUUGCUGCGCUCACAUAGACCAAGCUGUAGGACUUUGCUCUCAUAUUGUAUUUUUACCACUUUUCACUCUGGGCUCCUCUUCUGUCACCACCCCAGCCCAACACUGUCCAACGUGGCCUUGUGGCUGCUUCUGCCCUGAGUGACGCUCUAAUGACCGUGAACGGAAACCCGGCGAGUCCAACGCUCUUUGAGCCAACUGUUUCCUGUUUGGUGGUAAUGGUGGUUGUUUAUCCCACAAGAACACAAUGUUGAAAAUCAAAUGUACUUCAUAACACUACGUUCUCUGUUCUGCAGAGAGCUUCUGGUCUCUGCCAAGUCUCACACACACACAUUAAAAACACCAGUGCACACAAACGUAAUGAUCCUUUUUUGUUGUAGAGCAGUAGUCCGUUAUUCUCUUCCCUAGCCACCAUGCAUAUAUGAAGAUCUGACGUGAUGUGGAAGCAGCGCUCCUUUUGGCUUAUUCCUUCACAACAGUCUGUCUUUCAGCUUUCUUUCUUAAUACAAUCUGAUUGUCAGAAUGCACCAGGACUAUGUUAUUUUUAAGUUGAGUUUACUGGCAAAAUUCAUGAAGGACAAGCAAGAAGUCAUUCCAUGGUGUUUAGGGUGAACGCCAAAUGAAGGAGUGAGUAUGAAAUAACAUGCACAUGUCAAGAAUGUGGCUGUGAGGCUUUACAAACUCAGUGUGUUACAGAAUAAGAAGUUUAAAAACAGAUUACUCAAUAAAUAUUUGCUCUUCCUUUCUACUACAGAUAUUUGUUUUUAUAUAUGCGAUGCUGUUUUCAGUUUGUUCCACCUUCAAGUAAGUUGCCUCAGUACAGUGGUUUCUAAGGUUAAACUGAGACAGAUUAAACCAUCAACUCAUGAAUUCUUUAUGAAAGUAUCAAGGAAAAAAGAUAAAAUGAGCUAGUAUUAAGACAGAUGCAUAUUAAAAUUACUUUGGAGGUUUUUGUGUUUAUCAUUCUGUGUUUGGAGAUGCUGUACUCAGUUCUGACACACAAGUUCACCUAAAUAAAAAAAUGAUUUGUAUUGGGGGUUACGAUGCACUGUUACACUCGCUCUCACAAAUCAAAGAUCCAUACACAACAUACAGUGUUGCUGUUCUGUUGAUUUCUUCCUGGUAUGAAUUAACUCAAAUUGUCAUCUCAAAUAAGGUAUCCUGAAUAAACUGAGAUUAUGUAGACUUAUUUUUUGUGUCCUGGGUGACGUGGUUGCUUACUAACUCAGCUGUGACAUCUAAGUGUAUUCUACAUUCUUUUUUUCUUUGAGUUGAUUUGUUGCCAUAAUUUAGAUUGAUUGUUCAGUUUCACACUGCAUAUGCAUGCUUUGUGUACCAACCACCUGGGUGCAUUAUGAGCAAAUGUGUUUAGUAGGCGUCAAGAGAGAUUUGGUUUCACUUUAUCACUGGUUGAACUGUAUUUGUACAUUUUUAUGUGUGUAUGCAACCAAACUUUAAAGACAAAGAGGCAGAAUAACUUGCAAGUUGAGUAAUCCUCCAAUGUCCUUGCUGAGUGUCAAUUCAUGAUAUUAUUUAAUUAGAAACCACUCCUGCCUCAUUUCCAUUCAGUGAUUUGUGUAACAAAAUGUCACUACUUAUGGCUCUACCGGGCCAUAAAGUUCCCAUAUGUUCUGAUGUGUGAUGUUUGUUUCUUAUUGCUCACCAAAUGGUUUGAGCUGACUUGUUCAAGCCUUGUAUGUAAAUAAUUCUAUAAAUGAGUUUAUGUAUGGGUUUUUAGAUGUGGAAGAAGGCUAUGGUUUUGAAAAUCAAUGCACUGUAAAAUAUGGUGAAUGAGAUAUAUGUAUACAUUUUACCCAGAAUGAAAGUCCAAAACUCGUAGGAAGCAUAAAAUUGUAAGACUAUUGACACGACAGACAGAAAAGCUCAUCUUUUUGUAUUGUUUUGACUUGUUUGGAUCUCUUAUGAGUUGCAAGAUCUUUUGGGCAUAUAUUUAAUCUUGAUUAAACUUAUGUUCAUCUCUUGAA